CAUUAUCAGGUUAAGACAUAUUUGUCUUACGCAUCUUAUGUUUAUCAAUACCUACAUGGUGUUCGAGGAAACACGCGAUCUCUAAGUGGCUUUGACUGGCGGUGAUGGCGAGGGCUGAUUUACUUUUAUUGCUCCGUUUGUUGAUUUGGAUAUUGUUCAACCGCUGUAUAAGAUGGCAAUAUAAGACGUGCUUUCUGUCCGUUCAGCCGUACUUAGCGGUUGUGGCAUUUAGAUCGACCCAUAAUGUUAGUGUCGUGCUCGUCAAUGUUCAAGUCAAUAACUUCACCAUCUUCAUUUCGGUGCUCUGCGAGAAUUGGCGAUUUUCAAUCAUGAUGUUAUUUAUUUCUCCCCAAGGACAGCUUGCUCCUCGUCCCGGGAGCUCAGCGUCGUGUGGCACCACGCCCUAGUUACCAAAACCGGUAAUUUGCACCUUUGCCUUAGGAACCAGACACAUAUUUCCCCAUCAAUUCUAGAUCAAUUGAAACAUUCAAGGUCUAGUCUUAUACAGUAUCAUGGUAAGCUAAUAAAUUGCUAUAGU